CGUAGUAUAUUUUGUUUCAAAGCUAAUUGAAAGGGGAAGUCUGUUAGACUCACUUGAGAGCUUAGAAACCUGCUACUCGACGCUACACUUUCUAAAUCAUGGACAAACUGUCUGUCUUUUUGUUUGUUCAUUCGUUUUACACCAUUGUCAACUCAGGUUCAGGAUCACAUUCUCUGUGGGCACUUGGAACAUUUAUAAGCGGAGAGACGCCUUUUCCUGAGUUUAUGGUUGUGGUGAUGUUGGAUGACAUUCAAGUGGCUUACUAUGACUCCAACAUGGAAAACUUUAUCUACAGGGUACAUAACACCCCUAACAAAAUACAUGAUAACGAAGUUCAGGACGGAGCUUAUGUAUUUAGAUCUUUGUACCACCACAUGAAAGAGAGAUCAUUUAACCUAAAGCACCACUUAAACCUCACAGAAGGUGUUCAAGUUCAGCAAAGAAUGACUGGCUGUGAGAUGUUGGACAAUGGUGAACCAGCCCUGAUCAUGGCAAAGAACACUUUCAAUGCAGUUUUAGUAGAUCAUGCAAUAUAUUACAACAUGACACAUUUUAUAUACGAUGCAGGUAAACUACUUAAAGGAUGGGAUGGAAUAAGGAAAGAAUAUGCAAAAGGACUUUAUGUGAAUGUUUUCCUUCCCAUUUGCAUCAGAACACUGAAGACAAUCCUGAAGAGAGAGAAGAACGUUGUGAUGCGUAAAGUACCUCCCAGACUCAGGUUGAUAAAGAAAGAGGUUUCUGGAGGACUCCAGGUGAGCUGCCUGGCGUUUGGUUUCUACCCCCGCCACAUCAACCUGACCCUGCUGAGAGACGGCCAGCCAGUGGCAGAACAGGAGCUGGCAGUGGGGGAGGUUCUGCCUAGUGGAGACAGGACCUACCAGCUGAGGAAGAGUCUGGAGGUCAGUACUGAGGAGCUAAAGAAGAGACACAACUACACCUGUACUGCCUCUCACCUCAGUCUGGACAACAAGCUGGAUGUCAGUUGGGAGUCUGGGGCAGAGAGAGUACACCUAUCCACACUCUCAGGUCUACUGGUGAUGGUUCUGAUUGUUAUUCUAUUGGGCAUUUUCAUUUGUGUCAAAAGGAGGUGGAGAUGCACUGCCUCCCAGUCAAAACUUUGUCAAUUCAGCUCAAAUCACAAUGAAAAUAUGACUGCCAGAGCACCUAUGAGGGCAGACACAAAAUGUGCAAAAGAUUCUGUUAUUGUUGGUCAAUCUUCCCUUCCCCUUAACAAAGGACUGUAAAAGAUCAGUUUGCAGAGACUGUUGACAAUAACAAAUAUCUGGGCAUUAGUCCAGAUCUGCAUUUAUAUAUUGUAUAUGCUGGUUUGGCAUCCUGCUCAUUAACAAAGAUAAUAUUUUAAUUAUUUAUGUUAUGUAAUCUGUCAUUUAUAAUCAUGACUAUUCAUUAAUUUCACAAUGCACUUUAUAUCUGUAGUCAGUGCCAUGAAAAGUCCUUUAGUGUUACUUUUCCCCAGUCAAAUAUUCAGGCUUAUAUUUCCACUUCAAGGCUCGACCACAACAUAAAACGUAGCUUUUGAAUAUAAGAUCUAGUUUAAUUAACUGUUAUUUUGUAUUGAACACUGGCUGGUAUAUCAAAAGGCUGA